CGCACACACAUCGAGAAUACCAGAAUCCACUGUUCGGGACCCAAGCUGGCAACCUAUGCCUUGUGUAAGCUUCGAAGCACCUGCUGCGGGGAACUCAUAGCGGUGUGCCCUGGGGCAUUUUGGCGUCUCGAUUUCGAUACGGUCUUUCCAUCGGUAAGCGCUGACAUCAAAGCUGGCUCAGGCGUCCGCCGAGUCCUCCUUGCCAUCCGAGUCUUCCUGGUCGCUCGAAUCGUCCUUGUCCUUGUCCUCCGCCGAGUCAUCAUUGUCGCCCUUCUCCCCCUCCGACGAGUCCUCUUCUCCCUCCGUGGCCUCCUUGCCGUCCUCCUCGUCGCCCUUCGCGUUCUCCUUGUCCUCCUCCGUGUCCUCCGUCUCGAUGACCUUCUCCUGGUCCUCCCCCUGGUCCUCCGCCUCCUCCUCCUCCGCUCCCGCGGCCGCACGCUGGAUCUUCAUGUACAGGUGGUGCUCGGCUCCCUGCUUCCGCUUGGUUGCGGCCUUGACCCGGUGGCCAAGGUGCUCCAGAAACAGCUUGGUGUUCUUGUGCCACGGGAUGUUGUUCACCUUGAUAAUCUUGUCGCCAGGCAUAAUCUUGUGAGACGGGUUUUCCUGAUUCCACUUCGCGACCGCACCGCUCUUGCGGAUCUUUCCGAUAGUGGCUGGGAUAGUGUCGUCGGCAUCCUGGUUCAGCUGCCAGCCCAUGAGCUUGCUUUGGGAAUCCUUGGAAUUCUUCGGGAUCUUCAGCAAGGCCGUAAACUCAAGCGACCCGUCCUCAAGCUUCGUCUCAGGCACCUCCAUGGCGGGGCGCUGGAUCUUGACGUACAGGCGAUGAGGUGAAUCCUUCACGCGCUUGCUCGCAGCACGAAUCUGCUUGCCAAUGUGCUUAACGAACAGCUUGGUGUUGUUGUGCCACGGGAUGUUGUUGACCUUGAUGAUCUUGUCGCCCGGCUUGAGCUGCAGCCUGGGGUUGGCCUUGUUCCACUUGGCCACCGUUCCCCCCGGGCGCACUUUGCUGAUGGUGGCGUGGACGUUGUCAUCGUCUCCGUGGCUGAGCUUCCAGCCGAGGGCUUUCUGGUCGGACAUCGUCCUCGGGGAUCCGCAGCAGGGCCGUGAACUCGAGCGACCCGUCCGGCAGCGCCACGGGCCCCCGGACGUGGAGGCCCGCGGCGAGGCGCGCGCCCAGGGCGGCGAGCGCGAGCGCCGCGGCGCCGAGAGGGGUGGGCAUUGCCUCCCACGGGGGGCCGGGGCAGGGCGGGAUAGCAGGGUGCAGUGAAUGGAUCUUGGCAGGCUGCUGCUGCCCGCGUCGGGGUGGCUUGGGCCAAAAGCUU